CGGAAUCUCUAUCUAAAUCUCACGCAAUAGAAAUUGCUCCCCUAUAAAUCCCAAUAUAAUUCCAUUUCCCUUCUCAUUCCCUUCAAUAAAUCCAUACAUACAUAUUCUAGCUAAGCAAGAGAGAGAAACGGAAAUGGGCUUGGGUAACAAAUUCCUUGCUGCUUUUCUUGCUUCACUGGCCCUAUCAAUAUUCUCGAUAAAUCCGUCGUCGGAGGCGGCGAGGGUUAAUUCCGCCGUCAUCGGAACCACCAACUCUGAGUUCAUCAAAUCGUCUUGUCAAUCCACAACUUACCCACACCUGUGCUACACUUCCCUAUCAAGCCAUGCAAGUGAAAUCGGCGCCGACCCGGAGCUUCUCGCCCGGACCGCCCUGACCGUGGCGGUGCAGGGCGCCAGGUCAACCUCCACCUGUCUGGUCAAAAUGGCGGCGCAGAGUUACAACAUCACGCGACGGGAGGCCGGCGCCAUGCACGACUGCGUCGAGGAGAUGCGCGACUCCGUUGACCAGAUCAGGAAGUCAAUGGAGGAAAUGAAGGAGCUCAGCGGGCCCCGUUUCGAGAUCAUCAUGAGCGACGUCGAGACGUGGGUUAGCGCCGCCUUGACGGACCAGGAUACCUGCAUGGAUGGGUUCGCCGGGAAGGCUCUCGACGGCAGCCUUAAGGCGGCGGUGAAGCUGCAGAUCCGGAAGGUGGCUCAUCUGACAAGCAACGCAUUGGCUUUGAUAAACAACUUUGCUUCUUCUCAUCACUAAUCACAGUAUUACCCUUAAUUAAUCAUAUUAUCUAUCCAAUUAUAUAUAUACUCCUUUGUGGCAUUGGCUUAAUCAGUGCCACAGCAAAAGCUUGUGCAUUGGCUUUAAUGCUUAAUCAAUGGUACACCAUACAGAAAGAAGUUUGUGUGUAUUUUUACUUUUAUAGUUGGGUGUCUAGCAUUCAACUCCCUCUUUCAGACAUUCAGCACAUGUGAAUAUGACUAGCAUGUACUCUCUGUGAAACAGUCUUUAUGUUACUUUUGUUUGUUACAUUGGUCUUUUUACCAUUAAAAUAAUAAUAGGUGUAGUGAAUAAUGUAGAAUGAACCACAGAAAAUGGUACAAAUAUAUAAAGGAAUAUAUAUAUA